AUGAAGCCCAACUACGGUAACCAAAUCAGAUGCCCAGUAUCCCACACUAUGAGCUCAAAGGAGUUGAGUGUACAAUUUUCUGCUGCCUCUCCCAACGCACAGGAAGAUCGUGAACUAUCCAGAUCGAGAAAAGGUGAAAAUGACCUGCCCCAUCUCUCACGCAGUUCUUCUUUCACAUUUGUUGAUGUUGAGAACUGCGUUUCCAAACUCCCUUGGCACAGGAGACUCUCUCACCACCUCAAGGAGGAAGUCGAUCCCGCUUGGAGUGACAUGCUCUUGCUAGCUUGUUCAUUCUCCAGCGGAGUGAUUGACAGCCUAGCAUUCAGAGCGUGGGGUAGCUUUGCCAAUAUGCAGACAGGGAACAUCGUCUUCCUCGCUCUGGGUAUUUCGGGGGAUUCCAGCCUUCGAUGGCCCAAAUGCCUAAUAGCCAUAGCCGCUUUCCUUCUCGGAAUUCUCUUCUUCAUAAAUGGUUCCCGCUUGCUCAACCCCCUCCGCCGUUCCACCCUUAUCACCUCAUUUACAAUUCAGACCCUUGCUGUCCUCAUCGCUUCAAUCCUCGUGGAAACGGACAUGGUCAAAAAGAAACCGGCGCACGGUUCCAGCGGCAUUUCCUGGAUGGAAAUCAUCCCCAUCUCCCUAUUAGCAUUCCAGGCCGGUGGGCAAAUCAUCACCUCCCGUCUUCUGAAAAUAGAUGAAAUCCCUACACUUGUGCUGACGACGGUCCUAUGUGAUUUGCUUAUUGAUCCGCGGCUGCUUGCCAACCCUAACACGGUCAGGAAUCGGCGAAUUGGAUCGUUUGGCGCCUUGUUUGUCGGUGCGAUGGUUUCGGGCUUUCUAUCAAAAGAGGCAGGCGUGGCGAGCUCGUUGUGGUUGGCUACGGCGAUCAAGGGGGCUGUUACGCUUUGCUGGGUAGUUUGGAAGGGAAAGGGGUUAUGCUGAAAUAUCUAUUAUGAGUUGAUGUGAUAUGCCGCAGAUGAAAUACGACGCCAUAACAUAUGAUCUGGACGAUGAUUUUUCUCUUCACUUGUGGUUUUCUUUCACAUUUCCACCAUUUUUCAAUUAUCUUACAGAUCCUCUUUCUCCUGAGGUGGUAAUUUUGAUGUCCGGGGUCCUAAACAGGUACAGGCGGUUAAUAGCCUCAAUAUACUUAAUCAUUCUUGCUC